UGGAGGGGCUGGAGUGGGGAAAGGAGGGCUCCGAAAAUGCCUUGGGCAUCCCCGGGCCGAGGGCCUCUCCUGCGAAGCCCUUCCAACCCGCCAGGGGAUACACCUCAGCCCCUUACCCUGCCUUCCCAACUGGGCAGUCCAGAUGGCUUCAGCCCCGGGGCCCCAGAGGCCCUGGGAAGGGGUGGGAGAAGCUGGGGAACUCGGAUUCCUGGGUCCCCGAGGACUUGGGACUAGCUGUCCUAUUUCUCCACCCCCUGGUCCAGCCACAGGCCAGAGCCCUGGCUUCGUGCAAACCUAGCUAGCGCCAAGAAAACAGGAAGAGAACCUGAGGCUGGAGUUGGGGUGGGAGUUGGGGGAUAGAAAGGAGAAAGAAGUUAAGGCGGAGGGGUGGCCCGCCAAGGUUGGGGGGACGCACCACGAAGAGCCCCGGGUCUCUCCAUCACUCCCGGCAGGAGGAUGUCACAGCCUGGUCCCCAUCCUCCCUCACCUCAAGCUGCUGCACCUGGAGCAGCCUGGCCAGGCCCCUCUCAGGCUCCCUGGCAGAGCCUGGAGGAGAAGAUGGGGAGCCCAGAGGACGACCUGAUUGGGAUUCCAUUCCCGGACCACAGCAGUGAGCUCCUGAGCUGCCUCAACGAGCAGCGCCAGCUGGGCCACCUCUGUGACCUCACCAUCCGGACGCAGGGCCUGGAAUACCGCACCCACCGGGCCGUGCUGGCUGCCUGCAGCCACUACUUCAAGAAGCUCUUCACCGAGGGCGGUGGCGGAGCGGUCAUGGGCGCUGUGGGCGGCGGAACGGCCACUGGGGGAGCAGGGGCCGGCGUAUGCGAGCUGGAUUUUGUGGGGCCGGAGGCUCUGGGGGCCCUGCUCGAGUUUGCCUACACAGCCACACUGACCACCAGCAGCGCCAACAUGCCAGCGGUGCUGCAGGCCGCCCAGCUGCUGGAGAUCCCGUGUGUCAUCGCCGCCUGCAUGGAGAUCCUGCAGGGCAGUGGCCUAGAAGCCCCCAGCCCUGACGAGGAUGACUGUGAGCGAGCCCGCCAGUACCUGGAGGCCUUCGCCACAGCUACAGCCUCGGGAGUUCCCAAUGGUGACGACAGCCCUCCGCAGGUGCCCCUCCCACCGCCGCCACCGCCACCGCCGCGGCCUGUGGCCCGCCGUAGCAGAAAGCCUCGAAAAGCUUUCCUGCAGACCAAGGGGGCCCGGCCAAACCACCUCGUGCCCGAGGUGCCCGCAGCGCCCACCCAUCCCUUGGCCUACGAGGAGGAGGACGUGGCAGGCAGAAUGGGCAGCAGUGGGCUGGGAGACAACUACAGCCCUCCCACGGGGACGGCCUCACCCCCCGAGGGACCCCUGAGCUACGAGCCCUAUGAAGGCGAGGAAGAAGAGGAGGAGCUGGUAUACCCCCCGGCCUAUGGGCUGGCGCAAGGCGGCGGGCCCCCGCUGUCCCCAGAGGAGCUGGGCUCAGAUGAGGACGCCAUCGACCCUGACCUGAUGGCCUACCUAAGUUCCCUGCACCAGGAUGUGCUCACACCAGGCCUGGACGGCCCAGACAAGCUGGUGCGUAAACGCCGCUCUCAGAUGCCCCAGGAGUGCCCCGUCUGCCAUAAGAUUAUCCAUGGGGCAGGCAAGCUGCCACGCCACAUGAGGACCCAUACGGGUGAAAAGCCCUUCGCCUGUGAGGUCUGCGGUGUCCGCUUCACCCGGAACGACAAGCUGAAAAUCCACAUGCGGAAGCAUACCGGAGAGCGCCCGUACUCGUGCUCGCACUGCCCAGCCCGCUUCCUGCACAGCUACGACCUCAAGAACCACAUGCACCUGCACACGGGGGACCGGCCCUAUGAGUGCCACCUGUGCCACAAGGCUUUCGCCAAGGAGGACCACCUGCAGCGCCACCUCAAGGGCCAGAACUGCCUGGAGGUGCGCACCCGGCGACGCCGCAAGGACGAUGCGCCCCCGCACUACCCUCCGCCCUCCGCCGCCACCCAGUCCCCCGCUGGCCUGGACCUCUCCAAUGGCCACUUGGACACCUUCCGCCUCUCGCUCGCUCGAUUCUGGGAGCAGUCAGCCCCCACCGGGCCCCCGGUCUCCACCCCGGGGGCCCCCGAUGACGACGAGGAAGAGGGGGCACCCACCACGCCUCAGGCCGAAGGUGCCAUGGAGUCCUCUUAAAGACGGACGAUUGGCCAGGCUGGAGCAGCACAAGGCCAGGGCCGCCCAUGCCAAGCAGUGGGAGCGCGCGCACGCGGGACAGACAGAGCUGGGGUCGGGGCACUGUGAGCCUCCCUGGAAUCAGAAAUCAGCCCCUUCUCCCCAGAGCCCUCAUUCCAGUGCCCAGCUGAGAAGGUUUUGGGGCAGAGGCUCCCCAGAUUGGGGUGAUCUCCCAAGGAGUGAUCCAUAUAUUAUGUAUAUAUUUACAGCUCUAUUGUAAAGGUGGGGUCCCUGUCCCCAGCUGCUCCUGGGGAGUAGAAGCAAUAAUGUUAUUUCUGAUUUGUGGGGCCCCUCUUCGGCUAUGCGGGUUUCUAGGGGGUGGGGGGCUUGGGACCAAAGCCUUGCCCUGCCCCCACACCCCUUGGGGUUUUGGCUGUGUAAAGGGGUGAAGGACUGCCCCUCCCUUCCGAGACCCCUCCUUCCUGGUUUCUGUUCCCUUUUCCUGGCAGUGAAUUAUGCAAAGGGGGGCCGGCAGCAGAAGAGUAGGUGGGGGAAAGCAAGGUGGAAGAGGCUUGAAGGACCGGGGACUGGGCCUGUAAGGAAGGAGCCAUCCAGUCCCCCUCCGCCCUGCUCCCAGCGCUGAGUCAUGGGGUCCUGGAGCAGAAGGGGGCGGGGUGGCCUGAUUGGCUCGCCCGCCUGCCCCUGGGGGCAGCGGGAGGGCCCCGCCCAGCUAGGGGUGCCGCUCACCCUUCUCCUCCCUGGCCCUCCCCUCCCCUCCCGCGUCCCCGGGCAGGGAAUGUCUUGUUCCCGCCGCUCCCUCCUCGGGGCCAGAGGGCAGGGCGGGCUGGGCGGUGUCCUACCCUCUUCUCCUCCCCACCUCCUCCCCGCCCAGGUGCGAGCCGGAGCCGCCACCACCACUGCCGCCCCUGACUCACGCCGCCCCCGGGCUGGCGCUGCGCAGGGUGUGGGACAGGGUGAGGGGUUGGGGGUGCCGCGCGCGGAGAGCGGGCGAGCCGGCGCCAUCUGGUGGCCGUGCCCCGCGCGAGCGCCCCCGGCGGCCACUUGGCCUUGGUCACCUCAACCACCCGGCGGGCGAGCUGGGCCCCCUUGCCAAGGCGGGCGCAGAACUCUUGGGGGCCGCUGGGAAAGCGGGCUGCGGAGCUGUGGGAAAGGGAUGCUUUUCCCAGAGUUUUAACAGCCAGGCGCCCAUUCAGAUCAGGGAGAAGAACCCUCUCCCGCUUCUAAGACCGAAUCCAUCCACCCCCUUCUGUACAUAGCCUCUUCUGUUGGUCUCGUUGGAAUCUAGUUUCAGAUUUUUAACUACCCAAUUCUGCUGGGGGUGGGGCAUCUCCCCCUCCCCUUCCUCGCUGGGUGCUGGACCCCCGUGGCGGCCUGGGCUCUGCCUUGCACUAUUCCCCCCUCCCUGGCCUGGCGGCCCCGCCCCCUCCUUAAAAGGGGCAGGUUUAGGGGCCCGGUGCUCUCCCCCCUUCCAUCCAACCCCUUGCCCAUUUGCACAGCUGCCCAGGUACCCCCAAUAGUGGGGGGGGUCACAGGGAGGGGGUAGCGGGACCAGUCCCUGUAUCUAUUUAAAAAAUGAUGAUGUAAUAUAUUGGGGUAGGGGGAGGUCGGGUUGCCCUGGGCCUCAUCUUAGCAUUUCAGGUGAUGGGGGAGCCCAGGGCUGGGGAGACCUGGGGCCUAGCCCCAGGGAGUGAGGACGAUGUGGCCUCCCCUCUCCCCCCUCACGGCUUCUCCACUCAGUGCCUUAGGGGGGGAGGCAAUCCCCCCUCUCCUGUUCCCCUCCCCUUCCCCCGACCCCUCCUCCCCCACCUCGGGUGUAAGAGACAGGAAGAAAUAAUAAUAAUUUAAGAUUCACA